AUGACGUCACCUAGGACUUUAAAAGAAGUGCAAAGCCUAACAGAGUUAAAGGAAUACUUGGGAAAACCCCAUCUUCUGUCCAAGCCUGAACAUGGGGAAGAUUUGUUAUUGUACCUAUCUGUGUCCUCCACAACGGUAAGCUCAGUGCUCAUCAGAGAGGUGGGCAAGGUUCAACACCCUGUGUAUUAUGUAAGCCGAGCUCUCCAAGAUGCCGAAAGAAGGUACCUUGAGAUCGAGAAGUUGGCCCUCGCCCUUGUUAGUUCAGCUCGGAAGUUAAGACCUUACUUCCAAUCUCAUACCAUCGUCGUGCUGACCAACCACCCAUUGAGGCAGGUCUUGCAAAAGCCUGAGACCUCAUGUCGGCUCAUCAAAUGGUCAAUUGAACUAGGUGAAUUUGAUAUCAUAUACCGCUCACUAGAAGCAGUCAAGGCUCAAGCUGUUGUCGAUUUUCUUUCUGAGUUCACUAAUGUACAACCACCAUCAUUGCCGACCGAUCAGCUUGAGAUGAGCAUGGAGAAGAAGAUACAACCUAACUUUUCAUUUUGGAUUCUACAUGUUGAUGGUGCUUCAAAUCAGCAAGGAAGUGAAGACAAUGAGACCCAGUAUGCCUUACUGUUUGGGUUCAAGGCCUCGAAUAAUGAAGCUGAGUAUGAGGCACUCCUUACAGGGCUUCGCCUAGCCUCCGAGCUUGGGGUUCAACAGCUACGCAUUUUCAGCGACUCCCAGUUGGUAGUAAAUCAUGUCACUAAAGAACACCAAGAUCGAGAUAAAAGCAUGAGUGCCUACCUGGCCGAGGCCAAGAAGUUGUUGGAUGAUUUCAUUGGGAGAUCCAUCCCGGUGGAAUUCUUGGAGAAACCUAGCAUUGAGGAAGAUCGCAAGGGUAUGUUCCCUAUUAGUUCCGAGCCAACUUGGAUGGAUCCAAUACGUGAUUAUCUAACUCAUGGAUUCCUACCUGAGGACAAAGCAGAAGCUCGACGUGUACGGUAUAGGUCAUCCCAAUAUCUGAUCAUCAACAACAAGUUGUAUAAACGAGGUUUCUCUUUGCCAUACCUCCGAUGCCUGACACCAGAUGAAGCUAACUCUGUGCUUCGUGAAAUCCACGAAGGUGUUUAUGGAAAUCACUCAGGCACUCGAUCUCUUGCCCACAAAGCCCUCAGACAAGGAUAUUAUUGGCCAACACUCCAAGCUGAUGCUAAGAAGAUUACUCAAACCUGUCCCAAAUGCCAAGAAUACACGGUGGUUCCCCAUCAACCACCAGAGAAUUUGACUUCAAUUAGUAGUCCUUGGUCUUUUGCUCAAUGGGGAAUUGACCUAAUUGGCCCUAUGCCAAGGGGAAAAGUUACUGAUAAUGGUAAGCAAUUUGAUAAUGCCAAGCUUCGUGAGUUAUGUGCAGAGCUCAACAUCAAGCAUUUCUUUGCAUCUCCUGCUCAUCCUCAAGCUAAUGGCCAAGUCGAAGCAAUCAAUAAAACUUCACAUCGAACAUCCACGGGGGACACUCAUUAUGCCCUUGCUUUUGGAGCUGAGGCCGUAGUGCCUGUCGAGAUUGGAAUAGCUACACACAGGGUGGAAGUGUUUCAGGCUGAAGCAAAUGAUGAUCAGAUGAAUCUCAACCUGGAUUUAGUAGAUGAACGACGGGACCAUGCUCAGCUGCACAAUGCCUCAUACCAACAACGUGUAGCUCGCUACUACAACUCCUGUGUCAAACACCGAGCUUUCCAGGUUGGUGACCUGGUACUCCGCAAGGUCAUGCUUGCUACUCGCAAACCUUUAGAUGGAAGCUUGGGACCGACCUAG